AUGACGACCAUCGAGUCUACAAGGCUACAUCCAAGGCUUCAACAGUCUGCACCAACCUCAACACCCCUGUCAAUUCUGGACGCAACAGUCGCGCGCUUUGCCCCAACAGGUGCGAUUUGGGUCUUUGAUGAAAAGCCCACAAAUCUGAACCAGGAGACUUUUAUCAGCCACCUCCGGGAUGCUUUUAUUGAAACCCUGUCGGAAUUCCCUCAAUGGGCAGGCCAACUCCAGUGGGCACCAAUCCAACCCAACGGAAGCCACACAGAACGCUUCAAUCGACCGUUACUUGUAUAUGGCACUGAAGCUGAUCCAGGCGUCGAAUGGAGGGUAAUUAAACACUCAUUUAGAGCGGACGAGAUAGUCCCCACAGCCAAAGAGCGAGCUUCGACAAUCAGUGGCAAUCGACCAGGAGGAUGGAACGGCGGUGACUUCAACGAAGGACUAUUCAUCUCAUCCACGCCAUUGGCACUGCAUAACCUGAAAGACUAUGCCUGUCUUCCAGGGAUGCAAGUCCAGAUAAGCCUACUCCAGGGUGGGGGAUACGCGAUCGGAAUCAAGAUGGCACACUGUCUAGCCGAUGCGCAGACGUUGAUGGUAUUCGUGCAUCUAUGGGCAUUCAACAGUCAAAAGCAAUUUGGCCCGAAGCCCGAACCAUCAAUAAUGGGAGAUCCCAUUUUCGAUCCUGCAUUACUAGACAGCUGUGCUGCGGGCGACAUCGAUGCCCCAAAGCCAGAUUUGGCUCUCACGACAGCCGCACGCGAAUUACCCUUGCACCGCUACAGUUGGUGGGAUACAGCCGACGAGGGCUAUCCAAAAGUGUGCAUACCAACGACAGAAAACUCCAAGCCACCACCGGCAGACCUCCGUCUCGCAAUCCAGCAGAAUAAAAUCUCCCCUUCAACACCAGCGCCCUGGUCAUCAUGGGACUUCACCCGACCCAUCGGCUACACCCUACUUCACUUUUCAGGCUUACAACUUCGCAAUUUCCAAGCCCAAGCCCAAGCUGAUGCAAAUUCCAGAACAGAUAUCUCCCGCCUAGACGCUCUUCUCGCACAUCUAUGGAAAUCCAUCACCAAAGCACGAGGAUACACAGCCUCCCAAACCCCCGUCUACCUAAAUCUAAGCCUAGGUGCACGACCACGCGUGCAACCCGCCCUACCGGAGACAUUCAUCGGAUCUCCAUUAUUCCUGACUCACGUUGGCAUGCCCGGUUCACAAACCUGCCGGGCAACGCUCGGUGAGACAGCCGCCAAGAUACGAGAUACGAUGAAGCGGUUCACGCCCGAGGCUAUGGGAGCUAUGUUGCAUGAUGCAGCGCAUGAGAUCUCGCCGCAGCGGCUUUGGCAGGGGUUUUUGGGGCGGGAGCAUACGCUUGUUACGUCUUGGACCAGGCUGGGGUUGUAUGAUAUUGAUUUUGUGGGUGGAGGUGCGGUUGGUGGUGCUCCAAGGUAUGUGCAUGCUGUUAUGCCUAGAAUGGAGGGGUGUUUGCAGAUUAUGGAUGCUGCUGUUGGGGAUGGAGGGAUGGAUGUUGCUGUUUAUCUUGAUGCGGGGGAUAUGGGGAGGUUGCUUGGUGGUUAUUGCUGUGAGGUCUGA